GUCUCACGCCAGAUCUCAUUCUCACAUUCCAAAGUCUGUCAAUGAAGUCAUUUAUAGGUCAUUCAUAAAAGCUAUGGCAUUAUUUAAAAUGGAUAUUCCCCACAGAGCCCAACACUUUUUAGAAUGUGGCAAUGAAGAAUGCGAAAGAAACUGUGAGUUCUAUUGCAACACUUGUCAUCAAAGAUUGUGCAAACAAUGCAAAGAUGAACAUCUGAAAAGAGGAAAAAACCAGAACCAUGAGGUAGUCCUUUACCUGCAGCGUAAACGACAACUUCCUGUGGAGAAAUGCAAGAUCCACCCUACUAAAGAUGUGGAUAUGCUCUGUGAAAAAUGCCAAGUUCCAGUAUGUUCCAAAUGUGCCACACAGGAAAACCAUCGGGGGCAUAUAUUUACUGAUCUAGAGAAAAAUUAUGCAGAUAAAUAUGCAGUCUUUCAAGAGGAAAUAUCCAAAAUCCAAGAGUAUUUUCUCCCCACAUCACAAGAUUUACAGAAAGAAAUUAAAAAAGAUUGCUCAGAAAUCAAACAUACCAUGGACAACAUCAGAACAUCCAUGAAGACUGAAGGCGAGUCCCUGAAAAGUCUGGUGGACACAGUCGUAUCUGAGAACAUGAAGCAGUUAGACCAGAUAGAGCAGUCACUGUUAGAAGAUCUAAAAACGCAAGACAAGACAAUGGAUGAUUACAUCACUUACCUCAAUAACCUUGUCAAAGAGCUCCACAGAUGCCUGUCCUCUACAGAACCCCAGAAAUUAAUGUCUGAGAAGAAACCAAAGAUCCGAUCUAUACCAGAGACAACAAAACCAGUCACACCAGGAUUUACUGCUGGUCAAUACAGCAAAAGUGAUGUCACCAAAUUACUUCGUAAAAUACAUGUCCCCAACACUAAAGCAGAGAAGAGAGAAAUAAGGCCUAUUGAAAGUGUCUACAAUACAGCAAUGAAACCUACACAUAAACAGAUGAAAGAAGACAGAAAGAAAUCUACGGAAAAAUCUGACAAGAAACAAACAAUGUCUCUAUCUGCCUCUGUCACCAAGGUCAGGGAGUUCAAUGUACCAGGUGUUGAUGGUGUAUACCAUGUAUCACUAGAUCAAUCAGACAGACUCUGGAUCAGUGACAGACAUGGUAAUCUUGUUCAAACAGAUCUACAGGGGAAUGUGAUACAGAAGAUAGAAACCAGUGGUGAAUAUGAAGGUUACCACACAGUGACACAGGACGGGGAUCUGAUCUUUACAGACAAAUACAAGAAAGUCAUCAAUAGGAUAACACAGGAUAAUAAUAUCACUGAAUUCAUUAAAACUGGAGACUGGGAACCACUCAGCAUACACUCCUCCCACAUCAACGGGGACUUACUGGUGGGGAUGGUGAAGGAUAGAGAGGCUAAAGUCACCAGGUACAACAAGACAGGAAAAGAACUACAGAACAUACAGAGGGGUAACAAAGGACAGAGACUGUAUAGUGUUCCACACUACAUCACAGAAAACAUCAAUGGAGAUAUCUGUACAUCAGACUACUAUAACGGAAUAGUGGUGGUGAAUAAAUCAGGACAACACAGGUUCUCCUACACAGGUCAGAAGUCAGAGUUCUAUCCCUAUGGAAUCUGUACUGAUGUCCUCGGUCACAUCCUGGUGUGUGAUGAUAACAGUAACACUGUUCACCUCCUUGAUCAGGACGGUCAGUUCUUGUCUCUAUUACUCACACGACAACAAGGGGUAAAGUUUCCCUGUAGUGUGUGUGUGGAUGAUAAGAACAAUCUCUAUUUGGGACAACAAGACACCAACACACUGACAGUGUACAAGUAUAUAAAGUGAUUCUUAUUCUGUCAUAAAACACAAUGCAUGGCAUAUCAAAAUGUACACUUACCCAUCAUUUUUGUUACUUUGUAUCCAGUUCAUGAGUAAUUGUUACAGUAUAAAACCCAUUGUCUGGAAUCACAUUAGACAG